AUGGGCUUGGCGUACAACACAUAUUUGAACAGCAGCAAGGUCUAUGGCUGCAAGACGUGCAAAGCACAUCUUUCAAAUCAUGAAGAUAUCAUCAGCCGGAACUUCCGAGGCCAGCAUGGGAAAGCCUACCUCUUCAAUACCGUCGUCAACAUCGAGACGGGCGAGCCGAGCGAGCGAAACAUGACGACUGGACGCCACAUUGUGCGCGAUAUAACUUGCAAGCAGUGCAAGGAGACUGUUGGCUGGAAGUACGACAAGGCAUACGAGGCGACUGAAAAAUACAAGGAGGGCAAGUUCAUCCUCGAGGCUGAGCUGCUUUGCAACGUCACCUAA